UUUCUUAAAUGUCAAAAAUAAUGUGUAUUUUUUACUUUUUAGACCUUUCCACAUAAAAUUCUCCUGUCACGUCGUCAAAAAUUUUUUAAGUUUUAUAACAAUAUGAGUGACAUAAUUUCAUCAGUUAAAGAGAACCCAAUUUUUGAAAAGCCGAAAGUGCAAUUCAACGAGCAUGGUUGGGGUCCGUGUGAGCUUCCAAGUUUCUUUAAAGAUAUGCCGUAUCAACCUUUCAGCAAAAGCGACCGUCUAGGGAAAAUAUGCGAUUGGACUGGCACUGCUAAUGUUGAUAAAAAAUAUCAAAACAAGUAUACAUCAGCAUUUGGAACUGGAAAUCAAUAUUCGUAUUACCACGAUGAAGAUGAAACCACAUUCCACUUAGUUGAUACAACUCGUGUGCAAAAACCACCAUACCAGAGGGGAAGAUUCCGCGGAAAUUUAAGGAAUUUACGUGGUCGUGGAGCUCGUGGAGGUCUUACAUCAAAUAUGACUUCCUUAGGUAAAAGUGUUAAAACGAGAGAUCAGCGUCGUGGAAAUACUAGAAAAUGGGGUACCCGUGGGCCACCACCAAAAAUUCGUGAUGCAUCAGUAGCUGUACGCGCCGAUUGGACAACGAUUGAAGAAAUGGACUUUCCGCGCUUAGCAAAGCUAUCUUUACCUAAUGUCAAAGAUGGGGAAGAUAUUGUUAGAUGUGGAACAUUGGAAUACUAUGACAAAUCUUAUGAUCGUGUAAAUGUGAAAAAUGAAAGACCACUUCAAAAAGUUGAUCGCAUUGUGCAUACUGUAACGACUACAGAUGAUCCCGUUAUUAGACGUUUAUCCAAAACUGUGGGUAAUGUGUUCGCAACGGAUGCUAUUUUGGCUACUAUUAUGUGUUGUACUCGCUCGAAUUACUCGUGGGAUAUUGUUAUAGAGAAAAUUGGAGAUAAAAUCUUCAUGGGAAAACGGGAUAAUACCGAAUUCGAUUUACUUACUGUGAAUGAAACUUCUGUUGAACCACCAACCGAUGACGGAAGUUCGCUCAAUUCUCCAAGAAAUUUGGCAAUUGAAGCAACGUUUAUUAACCACAAUUUCAGUCAACAAGUACUGAAAAGCGGAGAAAAAGAACCUAAAUACAGUUUUGAAGAACCUAAUCCUUUUAUUGGUGAUGAAGAAGAAGGGGAAGUAGCUAGCGUUGCUUAUCGCUACCGAAAAUGGGAUUUAAAUAAUGGAAUUGUUUUGGUUGCUCGUUGUGAGCACGAUGCAGUUCUUCAAACACCAAACGGUGAAACUCAAUUCAUAACCAUAAAAGCAUUGAAUGAAUGGGAUUCAAAAUUGGCAAAUGGUGUUGAAUGGCGACAACGUUUAGAUACCCAACGGGGUGCUGUUUUAGCAAAUGAGCUAAGAAAUAAUUCAUGCAAAUUGGCUAAAUGGACAGUUCAAGCUAUUUUAGCUAGUUCAGAUCAAAUUAAAUUCGGUUAUGUGUCCAGAGUACAUGUUCGUGACUCUUCAAAACAUGUUAUAGUGGGUACUCAACAAUUUAAACCACACGAAUUUGCUACCCAAAUCAAUUUAAGUAUGGAUAAUGCUUGGGGAAUUUUACGUUGUAUUAUUGAUUUAUGUAUGAAACAAAAAGAUGGCAAAUAUUUAAUAAUGAAAGAUCCUAACAAGCCAAUGAUUCGUUUAUAUGACAUUCCUGAUAACACUUUUGAAAGUGAUGGGGAAGAAGAAUCAGGAGAUGAAGGAGAAACUUUCCAAACAGUUUACUCUUAUGGAGCAGGUGGUAUGACAAACAAAUAUUCUUCAAAAAAUUAAAAAUAUGCAAUAUAUUUUUAUAUUUUUUCUUAGAAAACAAGUGAAACGUUAAUAAUAUUGAAAAUACUUUGAUGCAUUAAAUUAAAAAUUAGGAUUACGUAUUAAAGGAUGUAUUAAAGAGGAAUUGUCAAAUUUUUUUUAACAUUGUAAAACGAACGAUAAAAAAAAUAAAUAAGAACCAUACAGA